AUGGUUACACCGACUUUCAUAUAUCUUCCGGUCAAACGGGCGGGAGCAUGCGAACGUGUUUGUUCGAAUUUUCCUAACGUGCACGCGAUUUGGUUGGCAUUGAGUUUAUUAUUUUGAGUAGAUGAUACUGGAGCGUUGAUCUUGGGGCGAGGGCCGCUGCCUUUUCUUCUUCCUAAAAAUGGAUGAGACAACAUUCUCGACUCCAACGCGGAAACAAGCGAAAAAUUCGCGUGCCAGUCUUAUAGAUUCGGCGUUGCAGGCGCCCAACGACGACUCUGCUGAGAGACACACGAGACAGCAGGAGCUUCUGCAAGAACUUCAUUCGCUGCAUAUCGAAUCUCCUGGAACGCCUGGCAAAAAACGCAGAUCUGUUGGAUUGGUGCCCCCGACAUUCACCGAUGUCCAGCUUGCUGAACAUUACGCCAACUGUAUCCGUCUGUCGAACGAAAACAAAAUUACCUCCAAAAAUGCAUUUCAGUUGCAUUUAAUUGACCACAUCAGAAAAGUCUUGCAAGCCGAAGAUGGAUCUACAAACUUUCAGAGUGCCAGCUGUACUCUAGAUGCAAGUGCCAAGAUCUAUGCUUACCGUGUGGAUCAUGUGCACUCUGAAGCACUGCACAUUGCUGGAGAACUUGGAAUUUCAUCGAGACUUAGAAAGCGUGACCUGAGAGCACAAGUAAAAAAUGAUGAUCCUGACCAGCCAGCAGUGGCUACGAAAGGGCGUGCAAGGCGAACGAAGGGCCGUGGUUCCUCUACGCUGGUGCGGAAUGAGAAAACAAUCACUAUUGAAAAAGUGGAAACUGUAAAACCUAUUGACCCACUCCAGGAGUACAUCCGAGCCAACAGCACAUGUGGAACAUCGGACUGCUUUGUCAUGAAUCACAUUUAUUCAUUCAGCGACAGAGGGGAGGUGAUGUUCUUAAAUGCAAGAAGAAAACUGCAACCCAUCAAAGACACUCGCAGCAAGGCGCCAAUAGAUUAUCUGCAAAGAUGUCUGAAUGGUGUAAAUGGACUUUGUGAAGAUCCUGGGCUCAUAUGCAUGUGGGAUGAAAGUGUUGAAGCAGAACGGGGUUGUGAUCUCCCAGGAAUGUCAGACACAUCAUACAGCAUUCAUUGUCCAAACUCCAGUGUUGCAGUUACAGAAGAGCAAGGCCCAAGUCUGCCAUACGUAGGCAGCUGCAAUGACAGGGAUGAUGAGAGUGCUGAUCUUUUUGAUGAUCACUGUCCCAGCCCAGAGCGACCCGAGGACUUGAUCAAGUGUGGCAUAUCGGACCUUGUCAAGUACCUUGCGCCAGUACCUCAAGACUACUCCUAUUUCACAGACAAAUUACCCAUUGUGCCCCAUGGACCAGAACAUUGGCGUCUCCGGAAAGCAAAAGGGAAGACAACAGGACCAGUAAGAGGGCGAAAGAAGGUUGAAAAGGUCGUGCCCCCUUUAAGUUUUCGGGAGCUGCAGCCUGACUUCACUGAGUUUGCACGCCUGAAGAAAGACCCUGUUCUGGACAAGGCAAUGCUUAAUUCAUGGAAGAAGUCCAAACAUUUGAUGGCAUUGAAAAAGAAUGGGGAGGAUGUUAAUCUAGGUACCCUGGUUUUACUUGAUGACCACAAGGUUCCCAGGGUUGCUAUAGGUUCCACUGGAGUUGUUGCUGGUGGUCGUGGUCGUACCAGUACUGACGGGGGUCUUCCUCCUGAUAUCCACGAGGAUUCCAACAUGUCUCUGGACAAUGCUGCUGAUGUUGGUCCACCUGUUCCAGUAGAACCUUUGCAACUACUACCACCACAACCACCACCACCUGAACUCAAACCUGUGGUUCCCUGUCACCCAAAGCCACCGAAGUUCCAGUUUUCAUUCAAGAGAUUUGAUAUGAAAGACAUGAAACAAGCAAUGUGGUGCACAUUGACUGGACAUAAGGACAACAAGGAGAACAUCCCGAGCUCUGAAAAUGUGCCCGACAAGGAAUCUAUUGCUAAGUACACCUUUCGAAGAUUGUACGACCGUGUGAGACCCCGACUGAACCGCAUCAACCGUGACAGCCUUAAUGUUCCUGUGGCUUUUGUAGCACUGCUUCACUUGGCUGCCGAAAAGGAGUUUUUUGUGGAAUCGGUCAAAGACAUGACGGACUUGAAAAUCAAGUUGCAAAUAUAAAGCUGCGUACUAGCUUUCAUUGGAUGACCUUGAGCAGAGAACAUCUGCUGUGUGCAAGGAAACGACCAUUCAUGGCAGUCGUUUUAUAAAUGACUCUGCAUGCAAAAUUUAUAGUCUGCAUGCAUUGACAGGCAUAUUAACACAUUGUUUAAUGACAUAACCUCACAUACCUUACAUUAUUGCUAUAGACAAUGGAACAAGCAUUUCCAUGGACAUUGUAUUUUGCUCUUAAUAAAGAAAAUGCUGUAAU